AUCGAAUAUAAUUAAUUGGACAAAUAACAAUUCGCGUCUACACUUUCAACUCGUAGUUUGAAGAACCACCAGUUGAGAAAAAAAGAAAAAAGAAAGAUAAUGUCCUCCCCAAGCGCAUCCGGAGCCACUAAGCGUCCGCUCGAGGAUUCUUCGUCCCCUAAUGUGAAGGAUGAACACGACUCCAAGAGGCCCGCCCUCGACAAGUCGGUUCGUGAGGAGAGCUCGCCUUCUCCUUCCCCUGCUGCUGUGGUCAAGUCUGAGCCGGCCCACGAGGAACCCGCUACCGAGACCGAAGGACCGUCGGACGCCACUCCAGACAACACCAAGGAUAUCGACACUCACGUCCCCGAUGCCCCCCAGCAGGCUAGCCAGCACCCUCCGGUUGACGAGAGUCAAUGGAUCCAUAUCCGUGCGCUGAUUACUUCUGCUGAAGCUGCUACAGUGAUCGGAAAGGGUGGUGAGAAUGUCACGCAGAUUCGCAAGAUGGCCGAGGCCAAGUGCACCGUGUCGGAUUACCAGCGCGGUGCUGGGGAGCGCAUCUUGACCGUCAGUGGCGCUGUCGAUGCUGUUGCUAAGGCGUUUGGCCUGAUCAUCCGCACUCUCAACAAUGAGCCUCUCGACCAGGCGUCUUCUCCCCAGUCCAAGACUUAUCCGUUGAGAUUGCUAGUCCCCCAUAUCCUCAUUGGCUCGAUCAUCGGCAAGGCUGGUUCUCGCAUUCGCGAGAUUCAGGAAGCUUCCGGUGCCAGACUUAAUGCGUCCGGAUCCACUUUGCCCUUGUCGACUGAGCGUUCCCUAGUUGUGACCGGUGUCGCCGAUGCCGUUCACAUCGCCACCUACUACAUCGCGAACACCCUUGUGGAACAGCUCACCGAGAGGUAUGGAGGACCGGCCGCAUCGGCGUACGCUACUAGAACCGGCGGACCAGCUGGACCUAUUCCCGGGGGAAUGCAGGUCAUUCCGUACCAGCCGCAGCCUCUCCACGGAAACUACGGCCACCCGGAGACCUACAAGCGCCACACGAACUCUUCGCAGCGUUCGCCGGCCAACCCCUACGGUGUCCCCUACCUCCACGGACAGGCGCCGGCGCCGGCUCCCCAGGCCCCCAUCCACUACCCCAACCCCCAGGACGCUGCCGGCUACUCUGGCGCUGGACCUCACCAGCCCGGCCAGACUCACAGUGGACCCGCCCCCCAGGCUGGAGCAGCUGCGAACCCGAUGGCUAUGCUUCCCGGCCAGCCCCUCACUCAGCAAAUCUUUAUUCCUAACGACAUGGUCGGCGCGAUCAUCGGCAAGGGAGGCGCAAAGAUCAACGAAAUACGCCAGCUCUCCGGAAGUGUUAUCAAGAUUAAUGAACCACAGGACAAUAGUAAUGAACGGUUGGUCACGAUCACGGGAACGCAGGAGUGCAACCAGAUGGCGCUCUACAUGCUGUAUUCUAGACUCGAGAGCGAAAAGCACCGAAUCUAGAUGGCUAUCUCCACAACCACCUACCUGCCAUUAACGCCCGAACUUGGAAAUUUCACACACACUUGAGCACUUGUUUGUUUGUUUGUGUUUGUUUGUGUCGUCGAUGUUUGCUGUUUUGCUGUUUGUCAUGGUUCUUCGGU